AUGAAGGUCCGCUCGUCUGUGAAGCGCAUGUGCGACGGCUGCAAGAUCGUCCGCCGACGGAAGAAAGUCUAUGUGAUCUGCGACCGCAGCCCCAAGCACAAGCAGCGCCAGGGCUUCCACACGAGUGCGCCGGCUCUUCUCGAGGACGCAUUCAUCGCGCCCGCCACGGGCUUCCAAGCUGCGCUCAAGCUCCUGCAGUUCCCCGGCCUCGCUCCUUUCAAGAGCUUCCGUGACGCGGCGAUCCGGAUCCCAAAGCUGCACUAG